AUAGACUUUCAACGAUAUCCCGAUAAGCGACGCCCGCAUUGUCGUCCGCCAACAGACAAGACCGUGAGACGGCUAGAGAUAACCGACUGCGGCUACGCACUCCACACUGUUCUCUAUACUUGAUUUAGAAAGAAACGCUCACAAAAGCUAGCAGAAUAUGAUCCCACUAAUGUUAAUAAUUUGCACCGUUGGUGUAGUCAACGUAAGCGGUUCUUCAGACUUACCGCCUCAAGUGCCACAAGCACAACUCGAAGAUAAGAGCACCGAUUUGAAUGAGGAAGAUCGAUGUUUAACCGACUUCAAGGAUGAGGCUGAAAUAUUUGAAGGAAAACUCGAAUGUCAAAAGGACAGUGAAAAUGGCUAUAAACUUGCUUGCGUGGGACAAUAUAGGGAGUAUAUGAGCUACAAAAAAGGAGAUCUAACAAUAGAGAUAUGUGAACUGAAAGAAUGUCAAGAAUAUUGCACAGAAGAGGGAGAAGAGUGUCUAGAAAACGAAUGCGUCUGCAAAAAGUCGCACUUCGUUAGUGAAGGCAGCAAAUGCAUUCCCUACUGCAUAAAAAAAGAUCCCUGCCAAAACGGCGGCAAGUGCACGCUAAGCGAAAAAACUCCUUUUCAUUGCAGGUGCAAACCCGGAUUUAAAGGACCUUUAUGUGAACUUGAAGAUGUCAUAAUGGCGACUACCAUAAGGAAUACGGUGGUAGUGGGAGUCGUCUUCGGCAUUUUAAUUGUCCUCUGCUUGGCGGUCGCCAUCGUUAUCAUUCAAAGGCUAAAAAACAAAAUUGCCAUGCAUGAGAAUGCUAAUGAGGUCUACGACAACCAGGCAGCAGAUUUAUAAAAAUGAAAAGACGUUUUUCGUGCAUCUCGUAAAUUAUUAACACAACGCUCACUCUAUGAGGACAAGUUGUGACGAACUUAAAAGAACAAAAGUUUUUUUCGCACCUCAUUUACAAAUAGCUAAAAUAAUAUAAGUGAUAUCAACAUACUUGCAGUCACAAAGGGCAGCUUAAACGGGAUGUGUUCGCGAACACCGGCAAAACUGUCCCUGCAAAAAAGCACGUAAAACAGAAAAACCAUUUUGUGCCAUUCUAGUCCCUGUUGGGGGGCGAAUUUAGCGAAGUGCAUAGCGUGUCAGAUAACGAGGCCCUUAAUUAAAUUACUAAUUUAACUUGUUAGUAAAGAAACACAUGUAACUACAAAUAGAUACUUGCUGGCGGGAUCAAAACCUACUAAGUCACUGAAGUUUAGAAACCUUUGAAGCACUCAAAAAGGGUGGUGGUGCGCCCAUGUUUCAGCCUGAGCUACAGAGCAAGACUGGCAGAGCCAAAAUGCGGAUGAUAAAAGCUGGGAAAACCAUGCUCGUGCGUAGAAUUCGGAUGCAGUUUCAAGCCCCGGAAAACAAAGAACGGUCUCCAAAUAUUUGUAAAAUUAAAAGUUUCAGGAAGUUUCAACAAA